UAAUCUGCGGGUAAUUUCCUAUAUUCUCCUCCAUGCUACAGUCGGCAAAAUGAAUAUGGUUCCACUCGUUUUGCUAAUUUUCCUUCACUGCUCUCAUGGGCAGGCUCCUCAGCCUGAACAGAUUCACAUUUCAGCCACAGGGGAUCCUACAGAGAUGAUGAUCACAUGGACAACAAUGGCUGCCACAAACUACACUAUUGUGGAAUACAACAAAGCCGGUUUUCCUCUUACAUUGCGGGAAUCUGGUAGCAACACAAAAUUCACUGACCCACAGUCAGGAAAAGUAAUAAGGUACAUACACAGGGUGAAGCUGACUGGACUGGUUCCUGGUCAGAGAUAUGAAUAUCAUUGUGGAGGAUAUGAUGGUUGGAGUUCACUUUUUGCUUUCAAUGCUAUGAAGUCUGGUGAGGACUGGAGUCCAAGGAUUGCCUUUUAUGGAGAUAUGGGAACUGUAAAUGCUAAAUCUAUCAGCUAUUUGCAGGAAGAUGCUCAAAAUGGAAGAUAUGAUGCCAUCCUUCAUGUGGGUGACUUUGCUUAUGAUCUGUUUGAGGAUGAAGGACGAAAUGGAGAUGACUUUAUGAAUGAAAUUCAGACAAUUGCUGCCUAUGUUCCCUACAUGACAUGUCCAGGAAAUCAUGAGCGUUACUACAACUUUUCCCACUACAAAAACAGGUUCUCAAUGCCAGGAAAUACCCAAGGGGUUUUUUACAGUUGGAACAUUGGUCCUGCACAUAUUAUCAGUUACUCUACAGAAGUCUACUUCUGGUUGGAGUUUGGAAUUGAGCAGAUUGUUCAGCAGUAUGAGUGGUUGAUCAGAGACCUCCAGGAGGCAACACUUCCAGAAAACCGCAGUAAACGUCCCUGGAUCAUCACCAUGGCUCACAAACCAAUGUACUGCAGUAAUGAUGAUAGUGAUGACUGUACUAAAGCCAACAGCAUAAUUCGCACUGGAAUAACCUCUAAGCAUCUGUGGCCUUUGGAAGAAUUGUUUUACAAAUAUGGUGUAGACAUGAUGUUUGAAGCUCAUGAGCACUCUUAUGAACGACUGUGGCCUAUUUAUGACAUGCAGGUUUGCAAUGGGUCUUUGGAGGAGCCAUACACCAAUCCCUGUGCCCCCGUUCAUAUCGUCACUGGUUCAGCGGGAUGUUAUUCGAAGCAUGACCCCUUCAAGAAGGAGAAACCAUACUGGACGGCUUUCCGCACUUUGAAUUAUGGUUUUUCGCAGAUGACAAUCUUCAAUAAGACGCACAUUGGCAUACAGCAAGUUGACGUCGAUCUGGGAGGAGAGGUUGUUGACGAAAUAAUGCUGAUAAAGGAUGUUCAUGGACCAGAGGCCUGGGUUAAGAAGGAUGUGAAGAAUUGAAAGCUGAGGAAAACGGCGAUAUUCACUACAUCGCCUGUCGGAAUCUUGCACCCUAUCCAGGAAUGAUUAAAUGUUGGUUUUUCUUAUUUGUAUGAAUAUGCCUGUAUUGAAACACUCUUUAGAGAACCCUGGGUAAUUUCUUAGCGUAUCUUAUCUCUAUCCUCUCUUGAUCACAAUGAAAAUUGCACACACGGACUCUGUUUUGAAAAAACCCGAUGUUUAAGCUAUUAGAAUCUGUGAAUAGGGGCGUUCAAUGAGAAAGGAUAGUUAUAAUUUAUUUGUAGCAGCUGGUUAUGGAAGAACCAGUUUAAUUUAUUAUAUGUUGUGGCAGUGUAAUCUCGGUUAAGUGUCGGACUCGUACCAUUGUGCUUAUGAAGCAGACGAGGCCAUAAGUUUUAGGACCACCUUAGACAUAAAUUGUGAAUGUCAUUCAUUGUAGGGACUGCAUUGUAAAUCAUGCAGCAUGUUACCGUCAGCAUCUAAUGCUAUGUGUGCUAUGAUUAGUAGGGUUUUUUUUCAACUUUCGAACAAAUUUUGUAACUUUAGAUUCUAGCGGUCAACUAACUUUGACCUGAUAAAAAUUUAAUAAAAAUAAAACAAAACAAAAAAAAUUUAUUUCAGUAUCAUAAUGCACAGACAGAAAGCUGUAAUUUACCUUAUUCAGGUAGGUCUUAAAAGUACAUCACUUAAAAUGAUUUUUAAUUUUUUACAUUAGCACAAAUAAAACUGAAAGUUAA